GGUGCGCUGUGUCCCUCGGAUCACCAAUCACGGAAAGAGCCGAAGAUGUCAGCUCGGUCAUGUGAUCAGCUGUGUCCAAACACAGCUGAUCACAUGGCACUGAUGAUCGGUGUGCCCUGAUGAUCAGUGUAGCCCCAGCAGUGCCACUUGUCAGUGUCCAUCAAUGCCUUGUGUCAGUGCCCAUCAGUGCCACAUCAAUGGCACAUAUCAUUGCCUACCAGUGCACAUAAAUACCAUAUAUCAGUGCCCAUCUAAGCUGCCUUUCAGUGUCACCCAUCAGUGUAUGUCAGUGCCACCUAUCAAUGCCAAUCAGUGCCACCUAUCAGUGCCGCCUGUCAGUGCCACCUAUCAGUGCCGCCUAUCAGUGCCAGUCAGUGCCGCCUAUCAGUGCCAGUCAGUGCCACCUAUCAGUGCCGCCUAACAGUGCCAGUCAGUGCCACCUAUCAGUGCC